CGCUUUAAAUCCCUGGCAGUCCCCUUUCUAAGGAUUCCCGCGGUAAUGACGUCAGGUUUAAAUACCCCAUGGUCUGUUUCUAUUGGCUGAUGACGGCAACAAAAGGAGGAGGGGAGGAUCGGGGCCCCUGGGGGCCCAAUUUUAGACUUCACGUUCCGUUAAAGAAACAAAACAGAGGGGGCUGAGGUCCCCGGGUCCCGAGCGGCUCGGAAUAUUUGUGGUUGGUUUUUAGUUGGGUCCUCAAGGCUCCGAUCAGCUGUCAGCUUGUAAUCCACGCCUCUUCUUGCGCUCACUGUCCAAUCAGAGGCGUCGAUGCUGGCAGGUGCGGGUGUUAUUGUUUUGAGCUAAAGUUAAAGGCCUCGGAGACGGGAGAAGAGUCGGGUCUGUCCGGUAAUAACACCGACGACGUUUCUGCCAGAGGCAGCCGAGAUCCCCGGUAACACCCAGGGGGUCCGUCCAUUGGACAUUCUGAACAAACAGGGCGUAGACGCCCGUUAACACCGGACCCAGGAGCCUACCUCACCCGGUAACGUCUUCUGACAACACCCGGAGUGGAGAGCCAAGACCCCGGGGAGCCGCGAUAGGUCGUCUGAAGACCCUCCCGGGAAAUCCGGGCUCAUCGACCCGCGUCAUCUGGGGUACAAGGGGGAUUUGGACCCCCAAGACACUCGGUGACGCCCGCAGCCGCCCCGAUGAGGAGAGAGAUGAACGGGGUGACCAAGAGCCGGUUUGAGAUGUUCUCAAACAACGAUGAGGCUCUGAUCAAUAAAAAGCUUCCCAAAGAGCUUUUACUUCGGAUCUUCUCCUUCCUGGACGUGGUGACCUUGUGCCGAUGUGCUCAGGUGUCAAGGGCCUGGAACGUCCUUGCUCUUGAUGGUAGCAACUGGCAGAGAAUUGAUUUAUUUGAUUUUCAGAGAGACAUUGAGGGCCGUGUAGUUGAAAACAUCUCCAAGCGCUGUGGGGGUUUUCUACGUAAACUCAGCUUGCGAGGAUGCAUCGGCGUUGGGGAUAAUGCUCUCAGAACCUUUGCUCAGAACUGCCGUAACAUAGAGGUUUUAAAUUUGAACGGUUGCACCAAGAUUACAGAUACAACCUCUUCAAGCCUCAGUAAAUUUUGCUGUAAACUGCGGCAUCUGGACCUGGCGUCCUGCACGUCUAUCACUAACCUUUCCCUUAAGGCGCUUAGUGAGGGUUGCCCUCUCCUGGAACAGCUGAACAUCUCGUGGUGCGAUCAGAUCAGCAAAGAUGGCAUCCAAGCUUUGGUUAAAGGAUGUGGAGGGCUUCGAUCCCUGUCCCUCAAGGGUUGCACUCAGCUGGAAGAUGAAGCUCUCAAAUAUAUUGGGUCUCACUGUCCGGAGCUCAUCACAUUAAAUUUACAGGCGUGUUCACAGCAAAUCACGGACGAUGGGCUCAUCACGAUUUGCCGCGGAUGCCACAAGCUCCAGUCUCUCUGCGCUUCUGGAUGCUCCAACAUCACAGACUCCAUUCUUAAUGCCCUGGGACAGAACUGCCCCCGUCUCAGAAUACUUGAAGUGGCAAGAUGCUCACAACUGACAGAUCUGGGUUUCACCACCUUAGCCAAAAAUUGCCAUGAGCUGGAGAAGAUGGAUCUGGAGGAGUGCGUCCAGAUCACAGACAGCACUCUUAUCCAGCUCUCCAUACACUGUCCGAGACUGCAGGUUUUGAGUCUGUCGCACUGUGAGUUAAUCACAGAUGACGGGAUACGCCAUCUUGGAAACGGGGCAUGUGCCCACGACCGACUGGAGGUAAUCGAGCUGGACAACUGUCCUUUAAUUACCGACGCGUCCCUGGAGCACCUGAAGAGCUGCCAGAGUCUGGAGCGAAUCGAGCUGUACGAUUGUCAACAGAUUACGCGAGCCGGCAUCAAAAGGCUACGGACACAUCUACCAAACAUUAAAGUCCAUGCCUACUUUGCGCCGGUCACUCCACCUCCCUCGGUGGGAGGCAGCCGGCAGCGUUUCUGUAGAUGUUGUGCCAUUCUAUGAGAAAAGAGACUUCUUGGCCACCUUCUUCUCCCUUCCUGCGUGGGAUUCCAGAUGGACUCUUUAUGACAGAACGCACAAUGCGACCGGGGUGGCGGGGAAAGGGAGCGGAGAAUGCCCUCCCUUCAAGUGCUCUCCUACACUUAAAAUGUGGUGGUGUACGUGAGCCUUUAAUAUUUUUUUUAUUUUUUUUUUUAUUAUUUAAAAAAAAAAAAAAAAAGACUGUUGGAAAGUGACUUGGACAGCUGGGGGAUCCUAUAGCACUCCAGGAGUUAAUCGGUCUUUAAAGCAGAGGAUCAGCUGCUAAGAAGAGGAGGGAGAAGUCAUCACAUUUGGGUCCUUGCUCCUUUUUCGCCCCCCCUCCACCUACCACCGUCUCCCCAUAGCCUGUUUAAAUGAGAUGUACUUACAUUGAAGAGGCACACGUGUUUUGUCGUACUUUGGAAGAGAGGGUGGUCAUCUUACCGUCUCUGAGCUUCUCGCAAUUGAAUUAGGGAAGAGACACGGGGCGCUUUUAUUCCUUGCGAUCGUUCGACGGCAGAGGGGUAUUUGCGUACGGACUCAGGAACUCAAAUUCCGCUGUACUCGAUGGACCUUUUUGAUGUCCUCCACCCACCGUAUCCCAUCUCCUUCCAACAAAGGGAUGGUACGUUUCCUUACUGUCUCCGGAUCCUCAUAACGCAUUCCCCACAAAUAUUAAAAAAAAAAAAGAAAAAAAA